AUGGCCCUUCUGGGCCAACAGUACUCCGGAAACUUCGACGGCGGUCCGGCCUGGUGGACAUCCUUGAACGCUAUUCUGGCGAUUGCGCAACGUCGGCGUGUCGAAGAAGGAGUUUCUACCGACAACGAUGUGGUCUGGGGCUACGCGGCAAAUGGGCUGGACACCAUCUUGGACGUUCUCAUGAGAGCUACGCAAUUGAUGUCUGUGCAAGCUCUUCUCGUUCUGGCCUGGUUCUUUCUGGGAACCCCAAAUCCGCAGCCGAGCUUCAUGCUUGUCGCAAAUGCCAUCCGCCUGGCCCAUUCCAUCGGCCUACACAGAAAAGAGUGUGGCUUGUCGCUGAGCCCCAUCGAAAAGGCAACGAGGGUCAACGUCUUCUGGUUUGCAUUUGCUCUUGAUCGCGAAUUGAGCCUUAGAACAGGGAGACCACCUGCUCAAGACUUUGGAGACUUCCAGGUUGACCUCCCUGAUCCUAUAGCGCAACAGGAGUUCAGCACCAGCAGUGUCACUAACACGACGUUUAAUGUCUUCUAUGCUAGCUCCCGCCUGGCCAUCAUCCAGGCCAAGUUGUACUCGAAAAUUCCACCGAGCGCGCAGCGACACAGAAUGGAAGUCUAG